GUCUGUUCAAGAUGGCCGCUUGAGUGGAGAAUUUACACAUCUCCAAUAAAACUAAUCCAACAGCUAGCUUUCCACACAACUUUAUUUUCUCUAACUGAUAAUGGGACAACGAUACGGGCGACGUGUGUUCCUAUUUUAAAACGAAAUGUGAGAAUAAUUGUUGAGGACGACGUCGGAGUUAUGGAGUAAAAACAGUGCUGGAAUUGGAGGGGGUUGAAGGCCCUUUGAUUUAGCCCAGCAUGGACAGCUUCUUCAAGGCGGCUGUAUGUGAUCUAGACAAACUGCUUGAUGACUUUGAGCUCAACACUGAGGAACAUGAAUGCAAGUCUGUUUUCCUGAAGCCUUCUGUGUACCCCUUCUCCUCACUGGGCUCUCAGUGUUUAUCCUCCGAGGCGUCCACUGUCCCUCCAAACCUCCCCGACCUUAACUCUCUUCAUUAUGGUUCUGCCACCAGCUGUCCUGACCGCCCCAGCAGUCAGAACCGCAGUGCUGAUGACAGGGAGGUAAAAGGUCAGCCUCUCACAGGGGUGGACCUCCUUUCCUCUGUGGAUUGCAGGCCGCCUAAAAGCUCCGCACCUCCCUGCCCGGACAGAGCUCUGAAGCCAGUGUGUGACCUUGUGAACGACACAAGCUCAGCCAUCCCGGUCAGGGCCAACAGCCACGAUGCUUUCAGUGAGCUGGACAUGGUGGAAAAGCAAAUGGAGGAAGAGGAGACGCUGCUUGUAGACUUUGAAAGCCCUGUGGUGAAUGUACAUAAAGAGGAUCAAGGACAUUCAAGCCUAAGUGCAGAGUGUUCAGACACAUCGGAAGCAAAACAAGCCUCUGGAGGGAUGGAAGAGCUGGGUUUGGAUUCCCAGGAGCAGCAGAGCGGUGGAUACUCAGCCUCGCUCAGCCUGCUGGAUGUCAUUCUUCCUGCUGCAGUCGAGAGGAGCUGUGAGUCCACGGAGGAUUCUCCAAGGCCCACUGAGUCAGCAGAGAAAGAGGAGAGGCAUGGUGAGGAGGAGCCGUGCACAAACCAAGCCGUGGAUAACUCCUUAGACCAUUGUGAACCGGAGCCCACUCUGCCUGGUGAUUGCAUUCAAGAACCAACAACAACCUCAGUGAAUGAAGAGGAAGCCUCACAAGAAGACUUGGGUGAAAACGAGUCCUCUGUCGAUGUAAAUUCAGAAGAAAUUGAACCGGGGAGCUUAUCAUGCCUGCCUUUAGCUGUGUCCAUGUGUGGAGCUCUCGUGAACAUCAGCACUGAAGAAGAUGAGUCGGGGGAAGCUGCAGAGCUGUGUGAGGAGGCAGCGAUCACCUCUGAAAGCACCGAGGCAGACUCCCAGUCAGCCUUGGAGGCCAGAGAGAACCGGUCACGUUUAGAAGAAGCUGUUAACUCGCCUGUGUUCGUGCAGGUUUCAGAGGGCCGGGUGUCGCCAGAGGGGCAGCAUCUCGCUCCUGAACCUGCUCCUCCUGCUGUCCCCUCUGCAGACCUCGCCUCCUACGAUCUCCCAGAACCCAGCCCAGUGGAUCCUCCAGAGUUUGGCUUUGAAUACCUGCCUGAGAGCGACCAGGCCGAGCUGCUGGUUACAGACGAGGAGUUGGAUGCUUUCCUGCAGGCGCACGCUGAAGCAGAGCAGGGUGGAGGCGUCUCUUACUGCGGCAGCUCUGGAGAUUACUCUCACCCUGAGAGUCUCUCAGGGUCAAACGGAGAUCUGGAGGGCAGGCUGGUGGGAGAGGAGCUGAGGAGCUGUAGUCGAGGGAGACGGGAUGAUUUAGAGGGUCUGGCUUCUCCAGAGAGCGACAGAACAAUGUAUGUGUCUGCAGAGGAAAGUUUGAACCCCAGUGCUCCAUCACAGGACUCAAACAGACCUUGCCAAGAAGAACCAGAACUCUCCUCCGGAUUAAGCCUAUCUUUGACCAGCAACACUUUCCAGUCCCAGCACAGCAGUAGCCCCGAUCAGCAGCCCUCCUAUGGAGGUGCGAGACCUAAACAGCUACACUGCCAAACUGCUAGAUCUCCACCAGCAGGGGAAGAAGGAGAGGAGCAUUCUCAGACACUCACUGGUUCUACAACAGAUCUGAAUGCAGCAGAGGAUGAAGACAGCUCACCAACCAGUCUUACAGAGGAGCAUUGCAACAUCAGGGAUCUGAGCCCUAUGUGUGCCUCCCAGGAGCAUCAGGAGUACAGUAUGGGGUAUGAGGAACUCUCAGAGCCCCCUCCGUACCCCGGGGAGUCGCCCACUGAAGGGGCCAGGGCGGUGAACUGGAAGAGAGAGGGGGGGGAGGAGCUGGGCAGCAGACAGCCGGCCUGGGUGCCAGACUCUGAAGCUCCCAACUGUAUGAACUGCUACCAGAGGUUCACCUUCACCAAGAGGCGGCAUCACUGUCGAGCCUGUGGGAAGGUUUACUGUGCGGUGUGCUGCAACAGGAAGUGCAAGCUGAAGUACCUGGAGAAGGAGGCGCGCGUGUGUGUCGUCUGCUUUGAUACCAUACACAGAGCCCAGGCGCUGGAGCGGAUGAUGAGUCCUGCUGGUCCCAGUCCGAACCCCAACGUCCCAUCUGAGUACUGCAGCACCAUCCCCCCCCUGCAGCAGGCUCGAGCCGCCGGCACUCUGAACUCCCCUCCACCGACCGUCAUGGUGCCUGUGUCCGUUCUCAAAAACCCAAACAACGACAGUUGUCCUCGUGAACAGAAGCGUGUGUGGUUCGCUGAUGGCAUCUUGCCCAACGGAGAGGUGGCAGACACCACAAAGCUGUCGGUGACGAGCCGCAGGAGCUCGCAGGAGUUCAGUCCGUCCUCUCCGGACCAAACUACACCCGGGUCAGAGGUCGGAGUCGGUGGACCCUGCUCCCCCGAAGCCUCCGGUGCUGUGGAGGUGUUCCGACCCCCGGUGUCCGGGCCCUGGGACUACGCCCUGCUCUCUGGAAUUGGUUCCUGCGUGCAGAGGGUUCCCAGUCUGCUGCCGGAUAAUGAGGAUGAGCUCCCUCCUCUGCUCAUCUCCACCGGAGAGGAUGAAGCGGGAGAUGCUUUGGUUGAGGAAAGUCCUGCCCCCUGCCAGAUUCGGCACUUAUUAGAGGAGGGAGGACCCCGACCUCUGACCUUUGUUCUGAACGCCAACCUGCUGGUCAAUGUCAAACUGGUUACCUACUCCGGGCGGCAGUGCUGGUGUUUCGGCUCUAACGGGAUGCAGGCUCUGGGACAGAGGGAGUUGGUGUUUUUGUUGGAGUGUUUGCCCGAGGAAAAAUCCCUUCCAAAAGACCUUUUCACACUCUAUCUCAACAUUUACCAAGAAGCCCAAAAAGGGAAGUUCUUGGAGGAGCUGGAUAAUGUGACGUUCACCAGCAGUUUCCUGGGCAGCAAGGACCACGCUGGGAUGCUGUUCUUCGCCCCCACCUGUCAGCCUCUCGAUGACCUCACUCUCCCGCUGCAGCCCUUCCUGUUCGGCCUGCUGGUGCAGAAGCUGGAGGUUCCCUGGGCCAAAGUCUUUCCUCUCAGGCUGCUACUGCGGCUUGGAGCUGAAUACAAUGUGUAUCCCACUACAUUGACAAGUGUCCGUUUUCGGGACUCUGUGUAUCGAGAGACGGGACACACCAUAAUGAAUUUACUGGCUGACCUGAGGAACUACCAGUACAGUCUGUCGGUGGUGGAGGGCCUGAGGAUCCACAUGGAGAUGGGCCACAGCUACAUCGAGAUCCCCAAAAACAGCUUCAAUGAGAUGCAGAAGGUGGUGAAUGCAUCCAACGAGCACGUGAUCAGUAUCGGAGCCAGGUUCAGCUCGGAGGCCGACUCUCACCUGGUGUGUUUCCAGAACGAGGAAGGGAACUAUCAGACGCAGGCCAACAGCAAGCCUGGCAAGACCCGCACAGUGACUGGAGCCAGUUUUGUUGUGUUUAACGGAGCACUGAAAGCCUCCUCUGGAUUUAUUGCCAAGUCCAGCAUAGUUGAAGAUGGGUUGAUGGUGCAAAUCCCCCCAGAGACCAUGGAGUCCCUGCGCACCGCCCUGAGGGACCAGACAGACUUCCAGAUUCCCUGCGGCAGGAACGAUGGAGGAGAGGUCCGAGAAAUCGUCACUGUCCGCUGGGUCGACCUGAGUUCACCCGUCAACAGAGGCAUUACCAGCGGGGUGGAUGGCAGACCUCUGGAUGGGGUCCGCAGUGUGAGGGUGCAGCAGGACACUGAGUUUGAGUCUGACGGACGCACCAUCAGUUGCACAGAGGUGUUCUUCCAGCUCAAGACCCCGGACAGCAGCUUCUCGUCGGUGCUGUCGUCCUGCAGCGUGUUCCAGAAGGAGAUGGCUCUGGCCGCCUGCAGCGCUCUGACGCCUCACCUCGCGGUGCUCUCCUCCAGCGGCAUCAACUCACUCACUCUGCGCAUCUCUACACAGGCUGAUAUGGUGGAGUACCAGGCGGGCUGCGGGGGCCGGCUCCUCCCUCAGCGCUACAUGAACGAGCUGGACAGCGCUCUGAUCCCCGUCAUCCAUGGCGGGAGCGCCAGUGUCCCCCAGACUGCCAUGGACAUGGAGUUCAUCUUCUACAUCACACACACCAUCUAAUGCACAUGCAGACACACGAAAACAAGUAUUGGAGAUGGCUGAGCACAGAGAGAAGCUGUAGAUGUUGGCGGGACAUGCCAUGCAACAUGUUUGCACAGUUUGGACAUGCAGCCAGUCGCAGCGGCACAAAACUCUCCCUCCCCCCCCCUGAGGUUGGGAGUGUACUUUCGGAGGGCUGUAAACUGAUGUUCUGUUAUCGAAGUGUUUUCCGUGCUCACCAAAGCUGCUUUAAAACAAGACCCUAACACUAAACAAGGAUUACGCAACAUGACCAAAUACAACCAAGCUCUUCAGCCCGUUUCUUCUGCUCUGCCUUCCAGGCUCCCUGCUGCCUCCGUCAGCUCGGAGCUCCUCAGUGAAUGUUUCCCACAGGCGCUCUAUCGACAUGUCUCUCAUUUGGAUGUAUUUAUUAUAUUUUAUGGGCUUAUUGAAUGAAAUGAUGGUAUUAAAGCAAGGGAUAUUACUGACUGUAGUUUUCAGUACUUCGGAGGCGAUACGUGUGAUCAGGUGCUCGCCCCGCUCUUAAAAACCGCAGGGAUAGAAAUAAAUCGCAUCUCAUUUCCUCUCAAGGUACUAUGCUCUCAUCUCAUAUGCUGGGGUAAGAUGACUGCACAGGAACACUCCGGGCCUCAUGCAGGAAAUAUUUGGGUCCUAAACUUCUGACAUUUUAUUAGUAAAGUUUUCCUUCCACCAUUGUUUCAGUUAACUAUUACCAAACUCAUUUAAAAGUGAUAAAUGAAACAAAAUGUGGUGAUAAGCAUAAUCAAGGCCACCAAAAUCGACUGAAGGACAUGGAGGUGGACGAGAACAUUUGACAGUGUUGUAACAUGUUCAGGUGCUGUAACAGGAAUGAAAAAUAGUCAUCGUAAAUUUGCAGCCAUACAUGAUGGUGAUAUGUUGAUAAGAAUAUUAACUUACAAAGGAGCUUAUUUUGUGUUUAGGUAACGUAUUUAAAUUCCUCCAUAAUCGCGAUUUUUAAGUCAAAACAAAUGUUUUCUCCUGCUAAACAUGUAUUGUUCAACAGAUCCUGACUAUAAAAUGAGUUAUUGAUCUGAAGAAAUUAAGUGGAUUUCCGGAUCCUUCCACGAGGCCGGCUGUGUGUCAGUAACAGGUUGUGUGUCCGGAUCAGCUCAUCUCCACAGGAGGAUACAUGUGGCUUUAUAAUCCAAGAGGUGAUCAGCCAUCUAGAACUGCCUCUCCAUGCUAAGAGUGAAUGUGGCCGGUGUGUUGGAGCAUCCUGUCAUGGAUCAAACUCAAGUUCAUUUAAAACAUUAGCAUUACGUUUUGCUUUUCUUAUUUUCUGCUUCAGCUAACAAUUUCUAGACAUGUUUACUUCUGAUGGAGCAUGUGUUACUUUAUGAGCAGCAUAGCGUCCUCUUUCACGGCUGAAAUACCAAUGAUUUCUUUACUUCAAGAUAUUUGAUGAUGUCUCCUUCAGGGUUUGAGUUAAAUGAUCAGAUUUUGCACACCUGAUGAGAACUUUACACCACAUUAUAUGGCUCUGUAAGCAUUUUGAAGUCAUCUCACACUUUUUUGCAUUUUUUAAAUUAAGCAAUUCUACAUGUACAGGCUUUUGUGAACACUUUUAAAUGAAAAGAUCACCUAGAAAUAUCGUUAUUGGCUUUCUUGCUAAGAGAGGAGAUUAGUCGAUCUGUUAGUGAAAUAUAAAGAAACUCGGUCUGUAGCUUCUUAUCUAGAGCACCUGAGUGAUAUCUUUUAACUCGGCAAAGAAUAAGUACGUUGAUUUCCGGAAAUUAUUUAACAAAUGCUCAGAGAUCUCUUGUGUGUGUCCUGAGGGCAGUAGAAGUUCUCUCGUGUUUUGUAUGGAGCAGGAACUCAAAGUGUUUUAUCAAAAUAUCCAAAGCAGGCUAUAUAUAUUUUGUAUUUAUUUCAUGUAUUUCCCAUUAGCUUUAAGGCUAACCGUUAAAACACUGUCACAUGUAGGUUUUUAAUCAGUCAAUAACAACAGGGAUAACGUCGCCCUUUUUGCUUCACCAGCUUGUCUUUAUCGCCAAAUGUAAAGCUUGUUUCAAAUGCCAGUAUCCUCGUACGAGUGAUGUGCUUAAAGGCAGGGCUUAUGAUAAAAGUAUUAUCUUUAAAUUCAGAAUGAAAGAGCGCACACAGGUUUUAUUCCUGUGAAAUGCAUCCUGGUUAGCACGCACUGUUUAAAGGAGCUUUGCAGAAUUCAAGUCUCAGUUUUUUCAUCUCGUCCCAGAAGCCCCCUUUUCACUUUUUGUCUAAAUGUAUAAAAGAAAAACUGUAAGCGUAGAGAUUUCUUUUGGUGUUUUCUUGUUAAAACAAUGAAGAGUUAUUUUUGGAAUCAUUGGUACAAAAGUAAAAAUAAAACAGAAAGAGUUUAUAUUUUUGAUAGGACAAUAGGCUACAUUCAUUUUGAAGUUUGUGUAGCAUCCUUGAAGCACUGAGAGAAAUUUAAAAAAAAACACUAGACAGUUAAUCACAGAAAUAAAGAAAAAAUAUAUAUAAUUUUAUUAUAAGGUGGAAAAUGUGUAAUCCCUAAAUGCAAUGCAUAAAGAAUGUACAGUAAAGGUGUACACAUCUAAAUAAAAGCAGCUUUACACCAGC